CAAACUGUGGGAAACUGGUUGUUUUUUCUCAGUAACUAAGUAGAAAAGACGUACUACUUAGUGAAGGGGAGGUGUUCCGUCUUAGGCUGAGAAGUGACCACGCUCUCCUCACUUCCUUUUUCAUCUUUGCGCCCACGGCUUCUGUUCUCAGGCUGAUUACUAACAGGAACCAUUUUUAAGUGUUCAGGGUAGUUUACCUGUACAAAGUAGCAUCACAGCUGCUGUGAAGACAUGAAAGCUGUUGUUGGACUGUUGAUGGUCCUUCUUGAAGUAUCACAUGCGCUGGAAAGCAACUGUGAUGGGCGAAAGAAUAGAGCUAGGUGCUACGGAGCUUUGGGGGGAACUAUGGCCCUCCAGCUGAUGAAUGAUGCCUCAGAAAUAAGCAGAUUCACCUGGACAAAGGAAGCAUCAAUGGCUAAUCAGUCAACUGAAAAUAUUCUUUAUAUCAAAAACAAUAUGAUUAUUUACAAUUCUAUGAGUAGCAGAUCUGUCUUCAUUCUUGGAAAUGGAACCCUCAAGAUCAGUAACCUCAGCAGAAAUGACAGCGGUAAAUAUACACUUGAGAUUUUUGAUUCCAAUGGCAAGAAAAACGGCACUCAGACCCUACAUCUAUUUGUUCAAGCUCCUGUGUCUUCUGUGCGUAUCAUCUCAAAGUGUGUGUCCCAGGGACUGAUCAGGGCGUCCUGUCUCUCUGAGGUUGGCGACAGUCCAAUGUACUCCUGGAAUCUGGAUGAGCUCAUUCUGGACAGAAAUACGGAAAAUAGCACCAUUAUUCUGCGGCAAAACAUCUCAGGAUACCUGGUCUGCACAGCUAGGAAUCACAUCAGUAAUGUUUCCAAAGGAGAGAUGUUAUCUGUCUGCCAAGGUCAGUCAACGAAUAAGGGAACUCACUGUGACAUUACAGAAGAGGAGUUUGAGUGUUAUGGAGCUUUGGGAGGAACUGUCGUCAUUCAACUGUUAAACAACACUUCAACAACGCCCAACUACCAAUGGAAAAAUAAAACAGCAACAAUCAUAAAGGGUAGAGGGAACAGAUUCAUCCCAAAUGACAUUGAGGGGAGAUCUCUCUUUCUCCCUGUGUUUGGUACGUUCAGCAUCAUGAAUCUAAGCAGAGCUGACGGUGGUGAAUAUACCUUGGAAAUCUUUGAUUCAAAUGGACGGAGAACUGAACAGAGGACUCUUCAGCUAAUUGUUCAAGCUCCUGUCUCAUCAGUCCAGCUGGUCCCUGAAUGUUUGUCUCAGGGACAGAUGAAGGUGUCCUGUCUCUCAGAGAAAGGGGACAAUCCUCAGUACAGCUGGACAUUGGAUGGACACAAUUUGACAGACUCUGAGCUCCUUUCUGGAAACAAUGAAACUAAGGAAAUUAUCCUGAGGCAGAACAUCUCAGGACGUCUGGCCUGCUCAGUUUGGAACCGGUUCAGUUCCCUCUCAAAAGAGGAGACCAUAUCUACAUGUGGGUUCAUAUUUAUCAACUGCACUUCCAAUGGGACAGAGAUAUCCAAGUGGGUGUUUGCAAAAACUAACAACCUUUGUGUUGAACCAGCUGCAUUCGACUUGUCGACAGUACUGGCUGUAAUACUCCUGGUAUUAGUAUUUUUCCUAGCUCUUGGAAUAGGAUUUGUCUGCUUCCAAAAGAAGGGUUAUAUAUACAAAGUGGAGAAAGACAACAGUGAACCAGUUUAUGCUGAGGUCCAGGUUGGGCCACAGCAGGAUAGGCAAACAGAGGAAAAUGCUGAGGACGGGGUGGAGUACAAACGAGUGACAUUUACAGAGCACCCUCAGCAGAUGGUGUUGACCACAGAAAGUCCUGUAUAUGCACAAGUCCGUAAAGUUAGAUGACCCGUGUAACUUCAAUCUACCCUACAAAGACUUUACUACCAAAAACAGAUAGACAGAGUUAAGAUGGGAUCCCAAAGUGUCACAAAUUUUUAUUUUUCUCUUACUUUUUGGGUCUGCUCAGGUGAAAUGGCACCAUGGUAUUCUAGUCUUGAAGUUUUAUUGGUGCCUUAAGAAGCUUUAGGUGUAGUAGCUUUUAGAAAAUGGUUUUGCAAAACAUAAGCCCCCUUGGAAAUUAUUUUCUGGAAAACAUACAAGCAGUCGUAAAGGGCACUUUAUGGAUCAUUCUGUGAUUUGUAUAAUUCAAAGACAGUCUGUGGUGAGAUUACAUGUUUUCACUUCUGGAGCAUGUUGAUCAAAACCUGUAGAGAUGGUCUGAAAACAAAAUUACAAAAUAUUUUAGUCCAUUUUGCAAAAAAAGAUGGAAACAUCUUCUACGAAGCUAAGUGAACAAAUGACUUAAAAGGCAGCGAGAUAUGUAUAUGGAGUCCAUAAGAUGACUUGUUUCUGUUAUAUCAAGAUAUUAUAUUUCAAGAUAAAGCUAGGCUCGAACUAGAGGUAAAAGGGCAUCCUGGCUUUACAAAGUCCAAGCCAGGCUCCACAUCAAGCCAGCUGUAUCUAAUCCAGCUAAUUGCAGGUCUGCCAUUUUCUUCAGGAGGUGAAUCAUAGAUUCCUUGAUUCAGCAAACA